AUGACCGAUGACCAUCAGACUGGCCUACAAUUUGAGGCAACCACGGAAGGCUUUCUGAAGGGAGAGGAGGUUAUUCUCCAUCAUUCUCUCACAGUCCCUGGAAACAUUCGAGCGCUCAAGCUACUUUUGCUCGGGAAAGACUGGGGCAGGGCUUUCCAUGGUGGAGAUCUGACUGCCGAAGUCGCAAAGGAUCUGGCCUACCAGUCCGCUCGGUCGCUCUACCAUCGGCGGGCUCCUGUCACCCUUGCUCGCAUCCAGCCAGCAACCACUACCCAAGUACCGAACUACAAGAAGUCGGACCUCAAACGAUGUGUUAUUCCUGACCAGCCUUACGAACCUGAGAACCUUCAUCUUCAAGACGUACUUCCUCGUGCUGGGAGUAUCUGUUUUGAGCGACCUCAAGGCUUUGUUUACAAAGCGCCUUAUAUGUCCAAUAUGCGGUACCCGAAACGUCUCUAUCACGAUCUUUCCAUGUUCGCGGAGGCUCAUUCGUACGACAAAUUCAAUGCCACGGCGAUGCUAUUCGCUGUCCAACUCUGGUGCGACAUUGAAGAACACUCGAACAGCAUGCUUGAACAAGAGAUCGCAGAGCCACUCCCCUCUGUUUCUCUAGCAGUAUUCAUCGUCUACUUUGAGAACUGGCUGAAGAUUCAUGAACAUCUUCAGUGUCUCAGCUUCAUUCAUCCGUUCAGGUUGAUUCACCUUUUAUACUGGAACGACAUUCUCCAACCAUUCAAUAACAAGGAAGCCUUCUACGUCAAGGAAAAUGCGAUCGACUCUCAGCGAGUCCAGCAAUGCGUACGGAACGCUAAGGCAAUGGACCCUAGAAUUUCUGUGACAGAACGCGCUGAUCUCUAUCCCUUCAUGAUAAGUGGCAGCAAGAUGGACAUACCUUUCAAAUUCCGUCUAAAUGAGACUCGCCAAGCCAUGGUUGGCAUGCCUGAUCUUCGAGUUCUCGGCUCACCAUCAUAUCUUACCACGGACCGCGAAAUGAUCGAAAUCGGCAUGCCAGAGCUCAUUUCUCGAAUCACCUUUCUCCCAGACGCCCCAGACGAACUGGACUUCACCAAGUUUUUCGGCGCCACCGAGGCCGGCUUCAUAUUGCUGUUCGGAGACAGCUUGAAGUCUGGCACCAUCUGGACACACGAGUUUCAAUCGUAUACACCACUGACAGAUCUUCCGAUUGAAGCAUACGUCUAUCCAAACAUGAAUGACGCCUGGUCCCGACUUCUCGAUCGGCGCAUGGCUUGGCUUGAGGAGCUUGGUGUACUGGGAAAAGUUCGAGUUCGCACUGGUGACGAUGGGUUACCUGGUUAUCAUGGCAUGCCAUUGGAGAACGAAAGUCGCAAUAUCGAUGAUGCGGCUAUGGAGAGGAUGGUAGAGCGCGCACUGGAAGAUCCCAGGAACAGACCUGAGUGA